UGUCAACAGACAGGGAGUGACACCUUGGACCUCACCAUGUUUCCCCAGCCGGGUGGGCUGGCCCUCCUCUGCUUUCUGCUGAGCCUGCAGGGGUCUCUGGCUGCAGUGUUCAUUACCCAGGAGGAAGCCCAAAGCAUCUUGCACAGGCAAAGGCGUGCCAACUCGUGGCUGGAGGAGCUGAGGCCGGGCUCCCUGGAGAGAGAGUGCAAUGAGGAGCUAUGCUCCUACGAGGAGGCCCGGGAGAUCUUCAGGAACACCGAGAGAUUGAAGCAGUUCUGGAUGUAUUACACAGAUGGCGACCAAUGUGCCUCAAAUCCGUGCCAGAACGGAGGCUUCUGCGAGGACCAGUUGCAGUCCUACAUCUGCUUCUGCCCUGAUGAGUUCGAGGGCCGGAACUGUGAGACAAACAAGAACGACCAGCUGAUCUGCGAGAACGAGAAUGGGGGCUGCCAGCAGUACUGCAGCAACCAGGCGGAGGCCAGGCGCACCUGCUGGUGUCACGAGGGGUACGCACUGCAGGCCGACGAGGUGUCCUGCACACCCACAGUUGAAUACCCGUGUGGAAAAAUACCUGUUCUGGAGAAAAGAAAUCUCAGGCAACCCCAAGGCCGAAUUGUGGGUGGCAAGGUGUGCCCCAAAGGGGAGUGUCCUUGGCAGGCUGGGCUGAAGAUGAACGGGGUGCUGCUGUGUGGGGGCACCCUGAUCAACGCCACCUGGGUGGUCUCCGCAGCCCACUGUUUUGACAGAAUCCAGAAUUGGAAGAAUCUGACCGUGGUAGUGGGUGAGCAUGACAUGAGUGAGGAGGAUGGCGAUGAGCAGGAGCGGCACGUCACUCAGGUCAUUGUCCCCAACAAGUACAUCGCAGGCAAGACGGACCACGACAUCGCCCUGCUCCGCCUGAGCAGGCCUGUGGACUUCACUGACUAUGCAGUGCCCCUGUGUCUGCCCGAGAAGUCCUUCUCCGAGAGGACCCUGGCCUUCAUUCGAUUCUCAACCGUCAGCGGCUGGGGGCAGCUCCUCGAAAGGGGCUCCACGGCCCUUGAGCUCAUGGCCAUCGAUGUGCCCAGGCUGAUGACCAAGGACUGUCUGGAGCAGUCAGAAAGGAAGCAGGGCACCCCAAAGGUCACGGAUAACAUGUUCUGUGCUGGCUACCUGGAUGGGAGCAAGGACGCCUGCCAGGGGGACAGCGGGGGCCCGCACGCCACCAAGUUCCAGGAUACGUGGUACCUGACGGGCGUUGUCAGCUGGGGCGUGGGCUGCGCAGCCAAAGGCCAAUUUGGGGUGUACACCAGGGUCUCCCAGUACACUGAGUGGCUUCAACGGCUCAUGAGCUCGGAAGCACAUUCAGAAGGCCUCCUGCGAGCCCCGCUCCCCUAGUCCCUCAGUCUUGGCUCCGUGGACCCUGCUCCCCUGAAAUAAGGCUGCUAUUGCUUGGGUUGUCCUGGCUUCGAAUCCUGUAAAUUCUCCUGCCUUUAUUGGGGUUGGGAUAGGGAGAGGGAAGGAGAGAAACAGAGAGACUGAGAGAGAGACAGAGAAGGAAAGACAGAAUGAGAGAAGGAGAAAGAGACCAAGAGAAAGAAAGUAGAGAGAAUGGGGGAGGGAGAGAGACAGAGAUGGAGAGGAGGAUGGCGGUGGAGAGGAGACAAGCCUAGGGAAAGGCCUAGAGGAGAGGGGAGAGGGUGAGAGUGGGUGAGGGAGAUGGAGAAGAAGAGAGAAAGUGAGGGGAGGGGUUCCAAGGAGGAGCGAGAAAGAGACUCAGAGGUUCACAGACUGAGGGAAUAGAAAGGUGAGCAGCACAAGGCGGUGGGUGAGGGGGACAGGAAGCUCGGAUGUGAGGGACAUGGGGAAGUGGCCACACCUCGCCGCAGGCCUCUGCUCCAGUGUGCAUUCACCCAGAGACGUGUGCUACGUUCUGAGGGCGGGCUUUUAGCUUUCAUUUGUUUUCCUUUCUAUACAAGUAUUUCAUCUUUGUUUCAAAUAAAUUGGAAGCAUCAUUCAUUCAC